CGGAGUCCUAUUUUUGCAAAUUUCCCUUUCCAGGGCUACUCCGAGUGCGAGCCCUCGCUUCGUGAAGAAACACCGAUUUUGAAAUUUUGGAACGGAAACUCCAAAUUCGCUGAGAUUGACGUGCUCAACGACGAUGCUAUCAUCUUCUUCAUGGUAAAGCCCUAGUAUUCUUCCCAAUUUGUUUCGAUUGGCUCCGACAAAAUCCUAGAAAUCCAUGGCCGCACGCGGCGGAGUAUCUGAAGGCAUCAACCUCAUCUCCUCCACCUAUUUCGACGAUGACGACGACGAAGAAAUGGAGGACAUAGAACCCCAAGAGCAAGAGCAAGAACUAGAACUAGAACCGCCGAACAACGCUGUCAAAGACACCAAGCACUUGGACGACGACAUCGACAGUAAAGAAGGCGAUUCGAACAAUAACAAGAGCGUCGAGAGGGUUUCUGAUUUUGCCAACGACGUCGACCGCACACCUCUCUCCAAUGACGAUUCUACCCCUAAACCACUCUCCAAGUCCAGGCCUUCGACGCCCUUGCAGCAGCAGCCCCCGCCGCCUCAGAUUUCUCGCUUGUCGCCACAGCAAGCUCCGGUGGAUACCGGUAGGGCGAGAAUUGGGAGGCUGGCUAUUGUUGAUUAUGGCCACGAUGAAGCGGCAAUGUCUCCUGAAGCCGAGGAGGGCGAGAUAGUGGGCACUGGUAUUGUCAUGAUUGAUGCACAAUUUCAAACGAGCGUUGGUGAUAUUCAAGAAAGAACACCUACUGGAAAUACUCAGGCUCUGACACCCAACGCACAGGCUAGUACCCCUCAAUUAUCUGAGCAACUGGAUGCCUCAGAAUCUCGCACAAUGAACUGUGCUGUCGAUGAUUCAGAAUCUAUUGCAAAUGCAGAAGCAGUUACCAUGCUGUCUAAGGAUGUUGAUCCAUUGGACAGGUUUCUUCCUCCACCCCCAAAGGACAAGUGCUCAGAUGAACUGCAAGAGAAAAUAAACAAGUUUCUUUACCUUAAACGACUUGGGAAAAGCUACAAUGCAGAAGUACGUAACAAGAAGGAAUACAGGAAUCCUGAUUUCUUGCGGCAUGCAGUGACAUAUCAGGAUAUUGAUGAGAUAGGUACUUGUUUCAGUAAAGAUGUAUUUGACCCCCAUGGAUACGACAAAAGUGAUUUCUAUGAUGAAAUAGAGGCUGAUAUGAAACGUGAAAUGGAGAGGAAAGAACAGGAAAGGAAGAAGAGUCCGAAGGUUGAGUUUGUAUCAGGAGGAACACAACCUGGAGUGGUUGCCUCAGCACCAAAAGUUAACAUUCCAAUUCCAGGUGUAUCAACUGCAGCUUCUGGUGGAUUGCAUCCAGUCCCAGCUGCAGUGGAGUCUGGGUCUCGGGAUGGCAGGCAAAAUAAGAAGUCAAAGUGGGAUAAGGUGGAUGGUGAUGGAAGAAAUUUGCUGCCUCCUGGAGGGCAGGAUUCUGUAACUUCGGCUGGUGCACAUGCAGCAUUAUUAACUGCAGCUAAUGCUGGUACUGGAUAUACUGCGUUUGCGCAACAAAGACGAAAGGAGGCAGAGGAAAAAAGAUCUAGUGGAAAGAAGGAUAGAAGAACAUGAAUUAGGGAUGCUGGAACUUGAAACUGGAAGUGUUAAAAAAAUUAGACAGAUGGAAUAGCUGUGAGUAGAAUAGGCUUACUCCUGUACUUCUGUAUACUGGCAAAAUGAAAUUCCAAAUCGAUUUGGCUUUCCAGUUCCAUUGCUAUAAAAUUUGGACCCAAUAGCUCGAGCACAAUUAGUACCUCUGGGAUAUUGCAAUGCCUUUUUUAAAUGGGUUUAUUGCUCUAUCCACCAACUUUGUCUUGCUAAUCAUAUUAUUCUGAGUUGGUUAGGUGACUCACCAUAAUGACUCUACUGCAGAAGUAGCUGUCAAAAUUGAAUGCAAUGCUUGUAAUUUUGUAUUUGUUAUGGCACCCCGUGAGAAUUUCGAUGGGGGAUUGAAAAUGAUAAUUCUCAGGUUUUAAAGUUUA